AAACCUACAUUUCAGUUUGUUUUCUUCACAUCAAUGGGAAAACUGAUGUUUGUCAUGAAGGGAGAGAUCCCCAAGAGGAACGAGAUGCACUGUGGACUUUCAAAGAAAGUUGAAGCUGCAAGAACAGGGAGAGCUUUAUUUAAAGCCAUUUUAAAACAAACCUUAAUUUUGGAAGACGAAAGGACAGUCAGUAGCAAUGCGAUGGUAUCUCCUCUGGGUUUAUGUGUCAUAAUCCAUUAUGUUGUUGCAGGAUGGUCAAGACACAUUAAAAAUGGAGUUCCUUGCUUUGAAAUUGAGUGGCAAAAAACAGAACAUUAUGUUGAUGCAGAAAAUGAGCUUAUGAAGUUGCUUGUAGUUCCAGUUAGUGAUCUUCGCUCUCAAAUGAAUUUGAAGUCUUGAUGUGGAAUUCUUUCUGUGCAAGACUCCACAUCAGAUAUAAAAACCCACCCAGAGACACACAAGAGAAGUACCGAAUCAGAAGAUCUAGCAUUAACUGCAGCUUCCUGCAUCACAGUUGUUUGAAUGCCAGCAUCAGCAGCUGCUCUUCCUCUGACUGCAUCACCUUACUCACUCGUACAGAGAACAUCGGCUGAGUCAUCUCUGUUGCCUGCACAAUUCACUAAAAAAGGGCUAUCGUCCUCUUCCUCUGUAACAGCUGGUUUACAACUGAGCAGCACUGAUCGGGGCGCCUUCUUCAGCACCUCAGCAGUCCGCAGGGCUGAUACCCAUGAUCCAGCAGCUGACUUAACUACAUGUAUAAACCACUCGCAUCUGCUAGCUCAUGAAACAGUAAGAAAUAGCUCGGAAUGUUCUGAUGCUGCAUCUGAUCAUCAUCAUCUUAAUAUUGAGGAUGAUUUGGUUUCAGAUGAUGCUGUGGGACAAUUUCAGAAGCGAUCGUUAAGUGAGCAUGUACUUAAGGAGACUUCCAUUCCAUCAAAGCCUUUGUUGUCUGAAGAUACAGUGAAUCCUGGUAGAGAUUAUGUCUCUGUGUCUUGUCACUUAAAUAAACUAGUGCAGGAAAGUAAUAAUGUGCUACCAGAAAACUGAAGGGAAUCCAGUGAACACCUUGGUCAAGAUCAGUACAAAAAUUCUGGCAGUCUGGCUGAAAUGAUGCAAAAAGACCAUAGUAUAAGCAGUUCAAUAUCUCUAGCCUUCAGUGCACAAACAACAGAGACAUUGCCUCUUGGGUGCAAAAUGCUUCCAGUGUCUCAAAACCAGCAGUUUUUGUAACUGGCUUCACAUGAAAAAAAAGCUUGUACUCAUACUACUUGGAAAACUUCUUUUAAAAAGAGCGUGUGUCAGAAUAAAUGUUCUUCUAGUGAAGACAGUGAUGAUGGGAACAUGAGUACAAAUCUGAUUUAUGAGCAGUAAAAAAGGCAACCGAACCGUCAGUUUAAAAAAUGUUUUACAAAGAAAAGGAGUAAUGUUGUUACUAUGCAAAAGAACAGUGACUCAGCCCUUUUAAUUAAAGUGAAGAAGAAAAAGACCAAUUUUAAAGAAUCUGGUAGUAGUUUAUCAUUGUACGUAUCUACAAAACUAUCUUUUGUUGGGGAAGUUAGUUGUUCCCAAAGUCCAGAGCAACCGAUUGGAAGGUCAAGUUGUGGUCCCACACAAGAAGCCAACAGUGCUGUUGUGCCUUAUGCAUGGGCAGACAGUCCCCUAUCCCUGUCUGAACGACUAAAAGGAAGAAUCAAAAUUAAUUAG